AUGAUUCCUCCGUGUGACCCCUCCAUUCUGGAGCACAAUCCCCAAUUCAAACGAUUGUAUGAAAACUUAACCAAGAAUCUCCUCGACGCAGAUGGCUCAACGCGUUCUCAAAGCGCGAGUCCAGCGCGCACGGCCGCUGUGGAAGACUUGAAGCAAUGCCAAAACCAAAAUGCAAAGAAACGAAUCAAAGAGCGAACACUACGCCAGCUAGCAUUCGCCUUAGACAGCGGCCUACCCGCGGAGUGCCAUGAUAACCUUGCAAUUAUAACCCUCUACCUCGAAACCCCCCGCAGCGCGCUGGAUCUCGACGCGCCCAAACCAGACUCCGAAGACGCAACCACAAACACAUCCCAAGACGAAACACUCUCCCUCCUAGGCCCAGACUUUGAAGCCUUCUACUCUAAUAUUCCAGCCUUCAUCCUGCCAUUUACAAACAUCCUCUCAUCAUCCCUCCACGAUGCCCGGACCCUAGCCGCAACCGCAGACUCCCCAGCAGACCAAGACCAAGGCCCAGCUCAAGGACCAGGAGCACCCGCGUCAUCACGUCCGAAUCACAAUUCCCGCGCUCGAGCCCGUGACCGUCGCGUUCGGUCGUCUAUGGCCUCUGUUCCCCUUCUCUCGGAACAAUUAGCGAAGCGGGUUCGCGCGCUGCGCACGAUCCAACUAUCCGAAUUACCCGAGGCGCGUAGGGAGAUGGCGGCUACGGCUGCGGGGGUUGUUGCUGUGCGCGCGAAGGUCUUAGAGCGCACAGUUGUUAUCCUUGAGCGGGCGAAGCAUGGAGCUUUGGCUAGGGCUACUAGGGCUAAGGCUGAUCAUUUGGCGACGGUUGCGCAGGGUAUUGAGGGGAAAUUGGAGGUUAUGAAACUUGAGAUUGCGGCAACUAUCUAUACGCCUGAGACUAUUGCUGCACUCACGAGAUAUAAGCAGCAUCUAAGGCAGAUAAGGGAGCGGCUUGAGGACGCGCAUGAGAUGGCAAUUCAAGAGUUGAAGACAUGUGGAGAUGUGGAAGCAUCUGACUCUGCUGGAGAUAUUCCUGUAGACCGAGACACUGUCGCGGGGAUUGCUCGCCAAUAUGGUGUUCUUGUAAGAGACGUGGAAACUGUACAGAUGGAAAUCGCUCGACUUGAGCAAUGA